AUGCCUGCAGAGGUCUGGCCGCUUGCCAAUGGAUAUCUACUCUCAUCCUACUACUUUGUGCCCAAUGUGAAGAAACUCAUUUCCAUGAUCCUGCCACACGCAGACCGAGAACACAGGUUUCGGCCUGGUCAGAUGAAGGAGCCGGAGUUAAUGCAGUUUCUAUCUGUUCUGGCGGUCCCAAUGCCGCGACUGGAGUCUCGACUUGUGCUUCCUCGCAAUUACGACGACUUGGUCCUUCGCGUUCCUCAUGAUCAUUUCCCUGCUCUGCGGUCUGUGAGACUUUCUCCAGUUUGUGUACCUUGGACGUCCCUCCUUCUGUCUGGUUUGACAGUUUUAAAGCUCUACUACGCCGAAGACUUCCCUACAAUAGACAUCCUCCUUGAUAUGUUGGCAGCCAAACCUGAAUUGCAUAUUUUCACACUGGAACUGGAUUCAGACUUCGUUGGACCAAGCCAGAGUUUCUCGGAGUCGGUUCGGGUUAUUCAGCUCCCGCAGCUCAAGCGGGUUUCCCUGGUGGCACCCUAA